UUAUUUAAACUUGAGUGAACUGGUUUCAAAUAUAAUGAAAGACUUCACAGUUGACUUCUAGCACGACUGAGAAGUAUCAUUUCAACUGAACCAGUGGGAAACGAAGCAGACUCUCUUACUCUUCUGCGCAGCUUAAUUGGUUCGUGGUUCGACUUCCGAGUCCACUCAACCCAUCAGUGGUGUGAAAGAAAAGAGAACUAAGGGAGUCAAAGAAGGAGAGGAUAUGGUUUCUCCCAUUCCUACCAGAGUCAAGAAUAUAUGGGAAAAGUGGAAUCUCCGGGGUUUUGUACUCCUCAGCCUCUCAUUGCAAACUAUUUUAAUUCUUGGUGCACCCUUUCGAAAGCGAUCACCUAGCUUAUUUGUAACCUUGGUUAUCUGGUCAUCUUACUUGCUUGCUGACUGGGCAGCUAACUUUGCAAUUGGCUUAAUUGCAAACAGCCAGGGUGAUAAUCCAUUUAUUCCAAACCCCAACAACACCGGUCAUUUUAAUAGCGAUCUUCUGGCAUUUUGGGCGCCCUUUCUUCUGUUACACCUUGGUGGUCCAGACACAAUUACAGCAUUUGCUCUUGAGGAUAACACAUUGUGGCUGAGGCAUUUGUUUGGGCUUGUGUUCCAGGUUAUAGCUGCGGUUUAUGUCUUCAUUCAAUCAUUUCCCAAAAACAAGCUGUGGCUGCCGACGGUUCUCCUAUUUCUAGCAGGAAUCAUCAAGUAUGCCGAGCGUACACGUGCUCUGUAUCUUGCAAGCUUGGAUAAUUUUAAGGAGUCCAUGAUUAAGAAACCUGAUCCUGGUCCCAAUUAUGCAAAGCUGAUGGAGGAAUACUCUUCGAAAAAAGAUGCCAAGCUUCCAACUCAUAUAGAGUUGACAGCAGAGCGCAGCAAAGAUUCCAGGACUACUACUUAUGUGGUGGACCCUAAGGAUAUGGAACAUAAUAUUGCACUGGUUCGCCAUGCUUUUCACUUCUUUAACAUCUUCAAGGGUCUUAUUGUGGAUCUCAUUUUCAGCUUUCACGAACGAUUUGAGAGCCGUGUGUUUUUCCAUGACAGAACAGCAGAGGAUGCUUUCAAGUUGGUUGCAAUUGAGCUCAAUUUCAUAUAUGAAGCUCUAUUCACCAAGGUGGUUGUUGUGCAUUCUAAGAAGGGAUACAUUUGCCGAGCUAUAUCCUUCAGUGCAGUUUGCACAGCUCUUGUUUGCUUCCAAAAAAUAGAGAAACAUGAUUUCCAUGGGUUUGAUGUUGGAAUUACCUAUAUUUUGCUUUUUGGUGCCUUGGCCUUGGAUUCAAUAGCUGUGUUCAUGCUUAUAUUCUCUGAUUGGACUGUUGCUGCUGUGAAGAAGUCUUGCCAGAAUUCUUGUCUUGCCAAUAUUCUCAAAAGGUACAUCACUCUCAAGCAAUCUUGGUGGUUCGUUGCCGAAAAUGCAAAUCCAUAUUUGGAGAGGUGUAGGCAACUUCUAUUUCGAAGGUGGUACGAAUCUGUCUCCAUAUUCAACUUGAUACAUUAUUCCCUCAAGGAAUGUCCAAAAUCGAGUCCUAAUAUUUUUGAUUACUUCUUCAUGGCCUACAUAGAAAUCAUCUACUUACUGGGUCUUAAGGAUCUUCGAGAUAAGAUCAAAUAUAGGAAGAGCAAGCCACUCAAGAAAGAGCUAUGGGAAUUCAUUUUUGCUCAGUUGAAAGGUAAGUCCAUGCUCGCAGAUGAUCCUGAAACUGCCAGGAGAAUAAGUUCGGCCAGAGGUGACUGGAUUCUACAGGAUAGUGACUGGAAUAACUCUACAGAUUGUCGUAAAUUGCUCCCUUAUGUUGUUGAUGUUGAAUAUGAUCAGAGCAUUCUACUGUGGCACAUUGCUACCGAGUUUUGUAUUAAUGAUAUUACACUCGAAUUUAAAGAGGAUGAAAGAAAUAAGCCUGUUCUCACUAAAAUCGAACAUUGUGAGACCUUGUCUGAGUACAUGGUAUACCUCUUAGUUAUGCAGCCUACUAUGAUGUCUACUGUAGCAGGAAUUGGACAAAUAAGAUUCCGCGAUACGUGUGCAGAAGCGAAAAAGUUCUUCAGCAGAAGGGAACUAGGACCAGAUGUGGAUCAAAAAGACGCAUGUGAUAGAAUUCUCGAGGUAAAUACAGAUGUUCAGCCGGUUGCUGUCAAAGGGGAUCGCAGUAAAUCUGUGUUGUUUGAUGCAUGUAUUCUAGCGAAAGAACUGAAGAAGAUGGGCACAGAGAAAUGGGAUCUCAUGAGUCAAGUGUGGGUGGAACUACUAGCAUAUGCUGCAGGUCACUGCAGAGCAAAUGACCAUGUCCAAUUGCUGAGCAAAGGUGGAGAGCUUGUCACUUUUGUUUGGUUAGUGAUGGCUCAUUUUGGCAUAGGGGAGCAGUUCUUGAUAAAUGAGGGGCAUGCAAGAGCAAAACUCAUUGUGGGAAAGUAAUCAUACAGUUACACUGAAUAAAAUGGUGUAGAAUUUAGUCAUGGGAAUGAAUGGUAUGUAAUUAUUUUUUUUUUUUUUUUUUGCUUGGAGAUAAUUGUACUGCACUGAAUUUUUAAUUGAAGUGUGAAUAAAACAUAUUUGUGACGUU